UGCGUUGCUGACGAUCAGACCAUCACUCCGACAGUCGCUGGCUCGUCGUCGCUGUGCUGGUCGUCGUGCGCUCCGUUGUCGCCGUCGUCCGUCUUCAAUCUGUUUCCCGAGAACGGUUCUUGUCCACGGAGGUUCUAUUGAUAACAGCGAUAUAUAUAUUCAUCAUAAGUACGAGAACGCGCCCGCGCGCGCACGAAAACCGUCAACGCGAUGGCCGCGUGAUUUUUUUUCGCACGACCACCCCUACGUUUCCACCCAGCGAUCCGAUGCUGAUGCUGUUACUGCUGGUCGUGGCUGCGGCCGUGAUCGUCCGCGGUGGUUCGGCCACGUACUGCGACGACAACCUGUUCCAUGCGGCUGGCAAGUUGCACCUCUCGUCGUCAUCCCCCGGCGUUCAAUUCACCAAGGAGCUGAGCGCCUCUGAGUAUGGGCCUCUGAACUCGUUCAAGAAGCUCCACUGCUGCGGCGAAAACUACCUCAGUCUCGAAUGGUUCAAAGAUAAUCGUUCCUAUCCGUGGCCAAGUGAUGUUUCCAGUUUCAUAUUGAAUCCCGAGAGCGCUAAUCAAACGAUAUACACGCGAAGCUUAACAUCGUCUGACCAUGGCGUGUACACAUGUCAACUGGCUAACCAUACAAACAUUGUAAAUCAUUCAAUACAACUCGUCACUAUUGAUGUUACAUCUUAUUGGGGAGAACCAUUACCCACUUAUAAAAUACCCAACAAACACUACGCACAACCAGAAGAUUCAGUUAGACUGUACUGCGAAGGUUUUGUUGGCAAAGUUGGUCUUCCGGAUGCUAUCAACACGAUUAAGUGGACGAAGAUCGGUGGAAAUCAAACCAUCGAAUCAAAUGAAAAAUAUAAAAUAGUAGAAGUUUCGAGGGAAAACGACCAAGUUUUGGGAGCAUUCUUGUUCAUAAACAAAAUUCAAGAGACUGAUUACGGACAAUACAUGUGCUCCAUCAGCAAUACUGAUGACCAGAUUGUGCAACAGUUUACUAACAUUACAAAACCCGUUUUUAACAAUGAGCAAUUGGAUGACAAAAAAGUGCACAGAGACCUUAAGUUUAUCAUUCUUGUCAUGUUGGCGUUAAUAUUGAUCGUUUGGAAACGGCGGUGGUUGUGCUUAACAUUUGAGAGGCUGAAGACAAAAUUAGAUAAUGAUAAAUACACAUUAUCGGAAAAAACUGUGCAUAAUAUAAUCGUAUUUUACGACGAGGACAACAAAGACAAUGCACAAUACUUGGUAAAAAAAAUGGAACACCGUGAUAAUUUUAUAACAAAAAAAUAUUAUAUCGACUUUAGCGAAGAUUUCAUCAAAAGGCACACGGACUUAGUUAAAGGUUUUGACUUAGCCAUAUAUUUAUUGUCUUCAAAUGAUACGAUUACAUCAUCUCUAAUGACAAAAUCAUCUCAAAAAUCAUUCAUUCAAGACAGCGUACCACCUAAGAAAUACAUAAUCGACUGUGAUAAUAUGCCUGUGACGCCGACAAAAUCGUGGUGCGACCGUGUCUUGGCGGAUUUGAGCACUGAACACACGAAACGAAAUCAAAACACGACGAACAAAUUAUUCAGAGUCGUAUGAUUUAAAAUUUGGUAACGGUAGUUAUUAAAUAUUGUCGAAACAUAGUAUUCCUAUAUACACCAAACCCUGUAACCAUGGGAUGAUUCCUUAAACAAUACGUAAAAAAACCCCUUUAGGUAUUUAUUAUUAUUAUUAUUUUAUUACUAAGACAUUAUUAUUUAUAGUAUUAUUAUAUAUUAUUAUAAUAUAUACUUAUUAGCAGACGGCAGUAAAAUACUGUUACGUUGUUACAUGCGUUUACUAUACGUAGACGUCUAUAGUUUAUAGUUAUUCCAUUUAAUGUUUCAUACAUUUAUAUUUGAAAGUUUUGUCGUUUUCGCAGCCGCCGCAGUAAAUCCGUUUACGGCUACACGUGUGACGUAUAAAUAUUUAUAUUAUUAUUAUAGUGUCAUAAAAAAAGUAAAAUCGCCAUUAGAUAUAUAACUAUUUUAUGUACUGGAUGUACACUAGAUACGAUAUGAAAUGUUUAAUACAAAUAGUAUUAAGUUUAUUUGACCUGCCCGUAUUGUACACGAAAAUAAUGUUGAUUUAUACCGAAGACUUGUUGUCUUCCAACUUCCGCGAGUAUAUUUAACAAUUUUUUAUAUUGUUUUUUGAUAAAAUUUUUUAUAGCACUUGUUCAAUUAAAACCAUAUACAUUUUUUCUCUCUAUCACUGUUCGAAUCCAAACAUAAACUCGUUUUACUUUAGUCAAAAUACUGGUAGUUUUAGUUAGAGUUAAUACAAAA